AUGGCCCGGCCUACUGCAAUAUUCCCUGGAGAAGUCGAUACUCUUCGUGCUGUUCGGUUGUCUGGAAUCCAAACUAUCCUUGUAUUCCCUUUCUUGAUCCCUUCGGACGAGUCUGUGGCGCUACAACAACCCCGUAUCGGUCCCUCUCGAUCAGUAUCACCCAUCUCCACCAUCCCAUCGUUUCGAGAGUGUGGACUUUGCGCGGAAAGCGUCCCUGUUGACGACUUCCCAUCAGUGGCAGGUUGUCAAGGUGGUCAAAACAACAUCUGGCGCUGUCAGAACCCUGAAUGUGAUGGGUCCAUCUGCACCACACAUAAUAUUCCGUUCCACACUGACGAAACGUGCGCACAAUACGACGCACGCAAAGGUGGCAUCGAUACGCAGGAAGCAGCGAGUCUGGCGACUAUUCGUCAGAUCUCUACGCCCUGCCUGAAGGUGGGUUGCGGCUACAACAUCAACAAGGCUUCGGGCUACGAUCAUAUGUCCUGUAACAAAUGCGAGCACGCGUUCUGCUAUCAGUGCUCUGCGCCAUAUGAAGGUGUUAACAGUAUCCUCGAGAUUGGCAACUCAGUACAUGCCAUGCACUGUCGUCAAUACCGGUACCGCCCUUUGAAUGGCGAUGAAGACGAAGGCGACGAAGAGAGAUAUCUCCGACACGACGAAGACAUGGAUGAUGAUGAUGAAUACGUAUACGUAUACGACUAG